CGGAACAGCUCAAGACGAAGAACGAUAGCAGGAGCUGCCGGGGAGUUAUAGCGGUUAGAGGAGUGAAGAGUGCAAAUGGGAAAGAGCGGAAAGAAGUCGAAGGCCUUCCAAAGGCAACGUGGCGUUCCUCGUGGAGACGGCUCUGAUGUCUUGCCUUCUUCUGCUUAUGAUCUUUCUGGGGACCAACAAGAACGCGGCGAUGGAGCAGAUGGAGAGGCCGAAGGGGAAGAUAGCAACGGAGGUGGAGGUGCGGAUGUGGUAGAAAACGAGACGUCAGUGGGCGCUUUGUCUAAGUUCGAUCUCUACCAGCAAUCUGUUCAGCGGCCGAAGGGAGACAUAAGCUACUUGCAGAAGUUCUUUCUGAUUUAUGUGGGGGGAAGACGGCCGCUGUACUUACAAGAAGAUUUCUGUGGUACCGGUUUUCUUAGUUCUGAGUGGCUGCAUAGCGACCCAAGAAGAACAGCUGUUGGGUUAGAUUUGGAUCUGGAAGCACUUUACUGGUGCUUGGAGAACAAUAUUAGUAAGAUUGGAUGUGAUGGAUACCCCAGGAUCUCUCUAUUCCAUGGUAAUGUUCUGCAUCCCCACAAGGCUCAUCUGGUGAAGCCUAAAGUCCAUGAUCCUAUAGGUGUUGUAGAUCUAAGAUUCCAAAAGGAUUUUAUUGAAAGUUCACAAUCAACUAUAGGUGCUGCCUCUAAUGUUCAGGCAUGCUCUACCAUGGAAGAAGCUUCACUGCCUCCAAGAGAUAUUAUUUGUGCAUUUAAUUAUAGUUGCUGCUGUCUUCAGCAACGGGAAGAUUUAGUCAGGUAUUUUAAACAUGCAUUGAGUGCCUUGUCAAAGAUGGGUGGCAUAUUUGUUAUGGACUUAUAUGGUGGAAUAUCCUCAGAGCGCAAGCUACGGCUUCAGAGGAAAUUCCCCAACUUUACAGUGGACGCUGCCUGAAAUCAAGGACUGCUUGCAAGAGGCUGGCUUCCAAUCAAUACAUUUCUGGAUCCGCAAAAUGCCCAACAUAGACGAAGGUGAGCACUGGGAGGAGCCUGAUGCCAAAUAUGAAGAAUCAUCAUCUUUUAUGCAACAAGAUGCAUGGAAUGCAUAUGCAGUUGCUGUAGCAAAUUUAUAGCCCAAGAAUGAAAAAUUUUUCCUCGGAUUGACCCAUAAAAUAAAAGUUCCAUUUAUCUGCGUUAGUGUGAUGAUCAUGAAUUCAUUUGCAUAAGCUUUGGGGGCUAUAGGAGAGAUUCAAAUUUUGAAUCCAUCACAAGAUGAUUUCUUUGAAUUCUUGAUUUUCCAGCUCAGAAGCUCGGUAUUUGUAUUUGUAAAUGAGCAGUUUUAUAAGCAUAAUUUUCUUUUCAACAUUCAUU